AGGGGUAACAUAAACACAGAAUCAAGUUAUCUCAAAUUUUAUCGACCUUUUGUUUCUAACACAAAUGUUUUUCGUGCAAUUUCGCAGCACUAUAAUCUUCAGGCCCUAACUUAUACUGGAAAAUCUAUCCUAUGCCCUGUCAAUUUCCCGGUGUUACCAUUGUUUAAGCAUCGUGCCAAUGUUGUUGAUUUUGGCUUCUAG